AUGUUCGGAGAUUUGGGCUUCGAGUACAAGGUUGGUAUUUUUGCCCAGAACCGGUCUCCAGCUGAGUCGGAUGGCCGUGGCGCACCAUCGAGCGUCACACAGCGCACCACGCGCCCCAACACCGGGGACUCUACAGUUCGCUCUGCGCGGUUAGAGGUCCUGGUGACAAGCCGUGCCGCAGCCUCUGAACGAUCGGCGGUCUCCGCGAGGCACUGGCGAGAAACCUCUUACGAGGCCUGCCUGGAUGCGGAACAGGAGCCGGAAGAGAAGCGGUUCCCGCAAGCGCAGUCCAUGAUGCAGCGCGGUUUUCAUGCGCUGAUGGAGUUCCUGGACUUCACCAACCGCAGGUAUGGCAAUCCAGCCAGAACCUGGUUUAUCCUGGACCCAGAGGCGAACAUGAAGCUGGGCAUGCGACAGUUUGAGCGAAAGUGCAUGGACAUUGGCUUCCGUGGGCACAUUCCCGCGCUUUGGAAGUACAUGGACAAGCGAGAUUCUGGUGUCGUAACCCUCCUGGACCUACACACGGUCACUGCCAUGGAGUUGGCGCGCUUCAAGCUGCUGAUCCGUGACCGAUUUAGGGACAGCGCUGCCGAAAUGUUCCGAUUCCUGGACGACAACCGCAGCGGCCGCGUGAAUCGAAUCACCUUCUCAGCGCGCUUGCAGACGCUCCACUACCGGGGCAAGGCGUCAAGCCUCUUCCAGUACCUCGACCGCCAGGGCUUGGGCAUCUUGACGGUUCAUAGCCUGGCUUUCCUGGACCGCUGGCAACUUCCAGCCUACAUGUACUACCAGCCUGAUCCAAAUGCCAUGCGCGUGAUCAAGGCGAAGCUUCUGGAGCUACACCAGCAUCCCCUCAUCGCCUGGCGCAAGAUCGACAAGGCUCCUCUGGAUGAGGGAUGGUUCGAGCUAAGCCCGAGGAUGUAG